ACAAAGUUCAAGUUUGAAAUUCUGAACUUGCUUCGAAUUCCUUCGUUAAACUUCGUUCUUCUGCAACCUCCUUAACAUCACAUUCGCUCUCUGUUGCUCACAGCUCUCAUUUCUUAUUUACAGCGGUGCAAAACCCCAUCGAUCUGCCUCAGAGGCAAGCUCGAAUCGAUAAUUGUAUUUGUUCAGAUACAUCCAUCAUCCAUGAUAGGACUCACGCUCUACGAUGUCCUUGCGAUCCCAAGUACCGCUUCUACGGAUGAUGUGAGGAAGGCAUAUAAACAGAAAGCUCUUGAAACCCACCCUGACAAACUUGAACCUACCGUGACGGAGCAAGAGCGCCGUGCUGCAGAGGGAAGGUUUAGAAAUGUAUGCGAUGCGUUUGAGGUGCUUAGCGAUCCGGUGAAAAGGAAGGCCUACGACGACCGCAUUCAGCUGGCUCAGAACAACAAGAAAAUUUGGGAUGAGCAGCACGACAGGCGGGUCAAGACGCGUGAAGAGUGGGCACGUCAAGCCAAGGAACGCAGCGAGGCGCGUAUGAAGGACCGUGCAGAUUUCUAUGAGAGCCUCAAGCGUAUAAAGGAGGAGAAGCAGCGAUAUGUGGAAAUGGUUGAACGGUUUUAUCAGGAGCUGCGCGAAUGCCACCCAGAGUGGGAAUCGCGCAGGCAGGCCGCGCUACAGCAAAAAGAAAUGGCGGACAAAGGCCAAAUACCGCGGCGACACACAACUCUCAUUUAGUGAGGCGAAUCCGAAGGACAGUUUUCAUCUUACGGUUCGUUUUGGCAGAUAUUUUGCUUUAUUUAUCUCCCGGCGCUGGAGUUUUUAUUCGCGAUACUGUUGUAUUCUAUACUUUGCUUCCUUCUGCGAUCCCUUGUU